ACCCUGCCAUCAUAAGAAACCACGUGAUGAUAGUCGAGCAACGUGAUACGAUAAAAAAUAAUGGCGCCUUACAAUAUAAAGUGUUUCUUUAUUUCUGUUCCUUAAGCCUUAGCAAUUGUCUGUAACUUAGUUAGUUAUAAGUGUAAACCAAUAACUGAUAACUAGGAAAGUGGACAGAAUAAAGUCGAGUGCGCCCGCUAAUAAAGUAAGUUUAGAACUAUGUUAAAAUAUGUUAUGUCUCAUCGAAAUCCAGGCAGACGACGUAGAAAUGAUAGAUAACCAUGUGUACGCCGAAGAAGAAAGUGACGGAGAAUUGUUUCCUUUGUGAAAACAAAAGAGUUUUUAGUUUGACUGGAAAAAAAGAAUCAAAUUAUAAUGAAGCAAUUUCUUAUUUAUUAAAGCGUCCAUUUAAGGAUUUUGUAUCUGCAAAUCAAGAGGCACAAAUUGAAUUAGGAGUUUGUAGAGGGUGUGACGCCAAAAUUAAAUCUGCUCAUGAAAUUGUAAAAAAAACUGGACCUGGCUUUGAAUGAUGGCGUUCAAAUAUCAGACUCAACUCGAUUUAAGCGUGGCACAGUCUCGCCCAUAACCCCAAAAUUAUCUUCAACUGUGAAGCGUUGCAAACAUGCUCCUACUGCUGGUAAAAAACCUGCAAGGCAUUCACUUGGUGACAUGGCCAUACCAGGUCCUUCCAAGGAGACUUCAGAGGUUGAAGUUGUUGUAGGUCAUUCUGUGCUCACAAAAGAUCAUGACUAUACGGCCAAAGCCGUUGGGUCAGAUCAUGACUACACCAGGGCUUUAAACACAGAUAUGAAACCACAUGACAUUCAUGCCAUCCAUACAAUAACUGCCAUGGACAUAAUCAAGCAGCAUUUGUGUGAGACAAGUGGGAGCACUGAAAUAGUGGACGAAAUAGUGGAUAUUGUCGCCAAUAACAAGAUAUUAUCCAAUCGAGUUCAAGCAAGAUUCUUGGAACAAAUCAACAAUGUCUGCGCUUGAUUGUCCUCUAGAAAUGCUGCAUUUAACAGCAUUCUUCUGAAAAAGAAAAGUGUCUCACAGUUGAUGCAGAAUGGGGAAAACAUUAUUCCAGAAAUAUUACAGGAAAUUUCAGAAAGCCUUCCGUUCGUCCUUGACCUGUUCUGCACAAUGGCAAUAGCUGAGAAAAACCCAUCGGCCAAUAAGAUUGCCAUGAUUGUUGCUGCCUAUGCCAUCCUCAUGAAUGCCAGGAAUGAGAAGUUGUCAGCGUGGCCCAGACUCACAACAGUUGUAUCCAUCGAAGGGCACUUGGAUAACUCGGCACUAACACUUUUCAACCGCAUGGGGCUGACAAUGUGGACAUCAUCCAAACUGCGCCUACUGGAUGAAGCUGGUGAAAUGCUGGAAGACAACAUCGCCAGAAGUCUAAGAAAAAACCCACUUGUCAAAAUCACGGGUGACAAUUUGGACAUCUAUGUCAGAACAGGACAUCAUUCACUGGACAGACACAACAAGGACCUCCACAUGUUUGCCUCAAAUAUCAUGUUCAGCAGGAUUGCACAACAAGGAUCGUUCAGCACUAGUUUCACCAUGCCAUCACUUGGAACACUUUCUCCAGAGAAGUUCUUUCCCAAUGGUCACCACAGAGACACUUUGACAAACACCUACUGUGUAUUGUUAGGAAGAAUACUGGCUGAGUUUAAAGACUUCUCCUGGCUUCAAAAAGUGCUCCCAGCCCACAUCUAUCAUCCUUACCAAGCUGAGAUGAGGCAAAAAACUGAAGUUUUUCAGCUACCAAUCAUCCUUAACAGGGUUUUUUUGGCCCGAUUUUAUAGCCGAAAUUCGGCUAUGUUCCCAAUCCCAAAAAGUAUACUUUUUUUCCCAAAAUGUGGCAAAAAAUUCCAAAUUAAAAAAAAAAAACAAUUUUUUUUUUUUUUUUUUUUUUUAGAAAGAAGUCUAAUGCGUAUUUCAUCUCAAUUUCAAUUCAAUUACAUCUAACAAAGUAUUAUAUGAUUUAGUUCUUUUAAUUUGAAUGAUUAUAAAGAGUUAUAUCAAAUUUAGUAUUUCCCUAAUCAGUGGACUUUUCAUGUGGAAAAAAAAGCUAAUGAUUUUAUUUUCCCAAUUUCAUGUAAAUGCCGAUAAAAUUCCCAAUUCCAAAGCCAUGGGCUAUCUUCCCAAAAAGUGGAAAAAAAACCUGCUUAAGAAUGAGGCCAAGAAGUUGCAGAGCCGCAGACACUGUGUCCAACAUUUUCGAGAAAAUAGAGAUUUCCACAUCAGUAAGGAAAGUUUCUAGUAGGCAUCAAACGCCAGCCAGAAUAAAAGAUAAUGAAGUUAUUGCCAAUUCUUUGAGGGACUUGCGACCUUUUUCUAAAACAAUAGGAAGAGUUGUCAAGGCAUGCCAAAUGUCCUGUGCUCACCAGUCAGAAAAAUUAACUCUGUUGAUCUUAAGUUCAGGAUCAAGCAAGUAGUAGACAGGCUGUAUUAUGGACAUACUAUCAAUUUUGACCAUGAAUCGUCUGAGGAGGACUGCUAGGGUGUGUUACAUGGAGUGACGUAAUAAGUGUGCCCUACAAUUUUAAACCUCAGACCUGUAUAUUAGUUGAUUUGAAACUAAGAGUUUUGAAAUUGUUUGUUAUGGACAUCUUAUUAACCACAAUGCAAGCAAAAAAUGCUUAAAAAUUGAAAAAAACAUCAUUUUGAUAACAUUUAUAUGACAUAUAUUCUGUAUUGGGAUUGCUGGUUGUUGUGCUCAAGUUAUAACAGUACUUUAUGCAACCUUCAGUGUGCAUUCCAUUUGAAUCAAGAUAUUCUAAAUAUAGACAUUAAACAAAGUGUUUCUUUAUAAACGCCAGUUGUCAGAAGAAAUACUUUUUACGUUCAAAUGUGCGUAGUAUUUUGUUGAUUGGGACUACAUGUAUAAUUCAAACUGAACUACAUUAACCCUUUGCAUGCUGGGAAAUUUGUCGUCUGCUAAAAUGUUGUCUGCUAAAUUUCUAAAAUUAGCAUUUUCUUCGAUUUUUUUCAAAGAAUACUAUCUGAAUAGCAAACAGUUUGGAUCCUGAUGAGACGCCACGUUUUGUGGCGUCUCAUCUGGAUCCAAACUGUUUGCACAGGCCUUCAAAAUUCGGUUCCCGCACUGAAAGAGUUAAUGUUUGCCUAGCAAGAACAAAUAUGCAUAACAAAAUACCAUACAAAUAACAUGUAAUUUAAUAUCAUGGUACAUUCACAUCACCUGUGUUUUUAAUCAACUACUCAUUUCAAGAACACAUGUUUAUGUAGAACACAAAUAUGUUCUGUCUGUACACUGAAGAUUUACAGUUUAUGUACAUUUACCAACAGGCUAGUCAUGUGAUUUUUUUUAAUUCAGUAUUAUUUGUUUUAGGUCAGCUCUGGAUUAUUUUCCAGUGCAAAACAAGACAUAAACUAUGUUGUCUACUGAAUGUUAUAACAUGUGUAACUGGCAUUUUGUAAAUUGUUCAGGAGUACAUAUUUUCCAAAAUACAUAAAGAGCACAUAUUUAAAUUUUUUGCAUUCAAAAUAUCUCGGCGUUAAAAUUAUGGUAAAUGCUUCUUUCUUAAUUAUUAAUUGUUUGCCAAAAUACAUCUCAAUUUCGAUGUUUUGUUUUUAAAAUUAAUUUAUAAUACUUAUCAGAAAUUGGAGUACGGAAAAAUGUUAUUAUUUUAAUUAAACAGUUUUUUGCUUCCUGUUUUGAAAAUUGAUUCAUAAAUUUCAUUAGUGUCGCCAGAUUUCGACUUGUGAAGUUUUUUCAGAAUUAUAUUCGUACGGUCAGGGCUUUCUUGGACUGUCACGGGUUGUUGAGACCCAAUAUGUUUGGCAGCUCCUUCAUCAGACUGGUUGGUAAUGUCCCACUUAAUGCCAUAAAUGGGACAUCAUUAAACACUGCAGGAAGAGUCUUCAGCUUUUGAAAGGCUGUCCUGAAUUCCUUUCCCCUAAUAAUGAAAGAAGAUUUAAACAACAAAAGUCGUAAUAUUAUUAUAACUAUACUAGAGUUCUCUUUUACAUUUUUAGAACCAUUAAUAUCAGUAGGGUGCUUUGAAGAUUAUAAAGAGAAAAUAUGAUGAACAUAAUUUUAUAUACAUGUAUUAAGUGAAGAUAAGGCAAAGACUAAAACAAACCUAAAUGCAUCAGUGAAGUUUCCAUUUUUAAUGGCAAUCUAGAAAUUUUAGUAGUCUACUUCUUCUGUGAUCAUUAACUUGUACAAGCACUCACAGCUCAAGCACAAAACAUUUUACAUGAAGUUGACUGAAUUCAUAUAAAAUGGUGUACAUAUAUAAUUAAACAUGUAUACCUACAUCACAACGGUUAAUAUUUAGCUAUUGAAAUUGUCUUUGUGCAUAAAUAAUGAAAGGGGAAAAAAUACCAAUAAAAAUCAUUCUUGGAAGAAAUUAUCAAUACAUUAAUGAUCAAAAUAUACAAAUGCCCUGCAAAAAAAUUUUAUCCUCAAAAUAACACAUGUGUAAAUUAUGGCCUUUGCUGGGAGUUGAACCCAGAUUUCUUCCCACAGAGCAGGGGAAGUGUUCUUACAUUGAACUACAAAGGCUAAUAAAUUGUAUAUGAAAUUAAGAGGAUAUAUGUCUUGACUCUUCUAUGGGGCCCAUAUUCCCUACUCACUUACUGCUGUUUUUGAUUGUGUAUGUGAAUACAUGUGAAAUCCUGUAUAAACAGUAUUUUUGUGUGAGUUCUUGUUUACGCCACAUUAGAUUUAGUUUAUAGAGUAAACGUAUGUUAAAAUCAAUGCAUUAAUUUAUGUACUGAUAAGUAUGAGUACUCCUCUUAAAUAUAAUUACAGUUAAUAUGUUUUUCCUGAUGUAAAUUAUUUAUUGAUACAUGUACUCAGUGUGCGAAAUUCGCACUAGCUUGAAGGGUUUUGGCUAGUGAAAAUCCUUUCGAGGUAGUGGGAAUUUAAAAAUGUAUAUAGUCGGGCCAGUAAGAAAUUUAACUUUUCUAUACAAUACAAAUGUGUAAAAGAAUUUGGGAUAUUACUUUAAAAUUUGAAUUUCGCACACUGCUUGUACUACUUAUGUUAUUAUUAUUUUAAACGUUUUUUAACCUUGCUUAAUCAUAAUUUCAAGUGCUUGUUAAAAUAAUGUAUAUAUGUCUAUUAAUGUUAUUAUCAUAUUGCAUGUAUUAACAUCUGUCCACAUGGGCAAUUGGCCUUCUAAAAAUGCUGUUAAUAAAAUCUUGAA